UCGCCGUGAGUGACGCGUGUAUGUCUCACAGUACAGUCUCUGACACACUUUACGAGGUCAGUUUAUUGUCCUGUUUCAGUCCGGAACUGCCAAUACGGGUUUGCGAGUGAAUGUGAGUGUGUUGUUCGACGACUUCCGCAGAAUAUUGCUACAUUAGCCGUACAGAUGGAGCAGCACAUGUUCCGGUCGUGAGGUCAGCGGGAGAAGCUCAAACCUCUAUUCCAUACGUACGAUGUAGCUUGUGCCCGCUUAGUGACGGUGCUCAUCAUCUAACAGUUGAACCCCUGAAUGCGUAAUACUCUCCCCGGUGCGUGAGGCGAUGCCCGGCCGCCAUGUUUAAGAUAAUACGGCGUGGUCCACCCCGCUUCAUCGCGGCAAGUGCUGUGCUGCUGACUGUGCUGUUGUGUAUUUACUACGUCAACUUCAGCGGUGCUCCAAACUUGGGGCCCGGAGGCCCAGGUCUGGAACCGCUGCCUCUGGUGGAGGUCAAGCGUGACAAUGUGCAGGAGCCAGAGGAUAACGAGGUUCCCGGUGCACGAAGCCCUCCCGCUCAGGAAACGACCACUGCGCCUCCUGAGCCUGCCAGUGUCGUGUCCCCGGAGACCUGUGCUGUCACCUAUAUGGCCGAAGCGGACGUCGAUACUGUAGAACAGUUCCAGAAGUUCAACUUUCAGCCGUACUGGAUGAAAAGCCGGGAAUACUGGGACAGUAAUUUCGAAGACCGAUACAAGUCAAGAAAAUCUGAAUGGGCAAAAAUUCCACUGAAGGUGAUAUUGGUACCACAUUCUCACAAUGACCCCGGUUGGCUGAAGACAUACGAGAACUAUUACCACUUCCAGACCCGUAAUAUCCUCAACCACAUGGCCAACAAAAUGUCCGUCCUCAAGAACAUGACUUUCAUCUGGACAGAAGUGUCCUUCCUCGCCAAGUGGUGGGAAAGUGCUCAUCCGUCUAAGAAACAAAUGGUCCAGAAGCUGCUGGAAGAAGGACGGCUGGAAAUCACUACUGGAGGAUGGGUCAUGCCUGACGAAGCGACGUGCCAUGUUUUUGCCAUAGUUGAUCAGCUAAUUGAGGGUCAUCAGUGGUUGAGAAAUAAUCUUGGUGUGACGCCGUCUUCGGGAUGGUCUAUUGAUCCUUUCGGCCACGGAGCUACAGUUCCAUAUUUACUGAAGACUGCAGGCUUCACUGGUGGCGCAGUUAUCCAACGUAUUCACUACGCAUGGAAACAGUGGCUGGCUGAGAAGCAAAUGGGAGAUUUCUUUUGGAGACAAAAUUGGGAUGGAGAUGGACAUACCGACAUCCUAGUGCACAACCAACCGUUUGAUAUAUAUUCAAUAAAACACUCGUGUGGCCCCCAUCCCCAAGUUUGUCUCAAUUUCGAUUUCAGAAAAAUAUCUGGUGAAUAUACAGAGUUCUCGUUAACUGCAGUGCCUAUAGACGAUGAGAACGUUAAGCAAAAGGCGGAACUUCUCUUAGAGCAAUACGGAAGAACAGGUUCUCUUUUCCCUCAUAAUGUCGUUUUAAUGCCAAUUGGUGAUGAUUUCAGGUACGAUCAUGAUAUUGAGUGGGACCAGCAAUACAGAAACUAUAAAAAGAUUAUUGAGUAUAUAAAUCGAAAUAAAGACAUAUACAAUGCCCAAAUAAGCUUUGGAACACCCAAAGACUAUUUCCUAGCUGUUAAAGAACGAAUGAGGGAUUUCAAGAUUUUAAGAGGUGACUUCUUUGUCUAUAGUGACAUAUUCUCCGAAGGAAGGCCUGCGUAUUGGAGCGGAUAUUUUACUACUAGACCGUAUUGGAAAGUUUUAGAUCGCGAACUAGAAGCAAAUCUCCGAUCUGCAGAAAUUAUCUAUACGUUUGCUCUUAAUCAUGCAAGAAAACAAGCCUUCAAUAGUACUUUAAAGAUUUUGGAAAGAGAUUAUGAAAAACUAAUUCGUGCUAGACAAAACUUGGCUUUGUUCCAACAUCAUGAUGCCAUCACAGGAACUUCAAAAUCCUUUGUCAUGCACGAUUAUGCUCUGAAAAUGUACGAAGGGAUUCAGGAAACCGUAUUUGUACAAGGUUAUUCAGCUCAAACUUUACUCACAAUGGAAGAAAAUGCCGGACAAGCUCAACUUCCGCCAUCAGCGAGACUCGUAGUACCCGACACUGACCGUGAAUCUUACGAGAAACUGCCAAGAAAAGUUCCAUUAGUUGUUAAGAAAGGCGAAUACAAAAAGAUCGUUAUAUUUAAUUCACUUGCCCAAUACAGACAGGACGUUGUUAAAUUGCAUUUACUGACACCUAAAGUUAAUGUAGUCGACAUGGAAGGGAAUCCAAUACUAUAUCAAAUUAAUCCAGUGUGGAAUUUCACAGACGGCUUAAAAAGACACAAAAGACAAGAGGAUUCAACAGAACAGAGUAUGAGAUUGUCAAAAACUCAAUUUGAAUUGACGUUUGUAGCCGAGUUACCUCCUUUAGCUCUUACAACGUACAUCAUUGAAUAUUCUAAUGAGAAGAAUUUCGAUUUCAGAUCAGUUGUUUACUGUCAGACUUGCAAGAAACAUACUGAGUUUGAUGUAAAACCCAUGCAAGCUGGGGACAUUCAGUUAGAGAACCAUGCCUUAAAAUUGUUACUCGACGGGAGAUCAGGUUUCCUGAAAGCAAUUACAAAGAAAUCAACUAAUCACACAACACAGUCUGGGUUAACGUUUUCUGCUUACCCUUCUGCCCAGUUUCAUUCUGGAGCAUACCUGUUUAAACCCGAUCCUAACUUGCAGGAGACGGAAAAGGAAAUACUAGAUGACUAUCCUGGUCAGAAAAUCGUAAUAACUUCAGGUCCCAUAGCUUCUGAACUUACCGUCAUCUAUGGAAACUUACUGGCUCAUUCUGUAAGAAUAUAUCAUAAACCCGGUCCGUUGAGUCAAGGUGUCUAUAUUGAAAAUCUUAUUGAUUUUGAAGCACCUCCUAAAAAUCGAGAGACCGAAAUGUUCAUGAGAGUAGUGAGUGACAUCAGCAACGGAGACCCUCCUGAGUUCUAUUCGGACUUGAAUGGUUUCCAAAUGCAAAGGAGAAUCAAAGUGAAAAGGAUAGGUAUCGAGGGAAACUAUUUUCCAUUGAACUCCAUGGCAUUCAUACAAGACACAAAGCAUAGACUCAGUUUGCUAGUGAAUCACGCGCAAGGGGCUGCUUCGUGGCAGACCGGGUGGCUGGAAGUGAUGUUGGACCGCAGAACACUGUACGACGACUCUCGGGGAAUGGGCGAGGGUGUUGUUGACAAUAAGAAAACAAUAACCAAGUUUUGGUUGCUUUUAGAAAAUGUUCUCGAAUCUAACGAAUAUUCGAAACCUAGUUUAUUAGCCAAUUACUUGUCCCUAGGUUUAAUGUAUCCCCCUAAUAUAUUCAUAUUUGACACUCUAUCUAAUGAUGACGUGUUAGGUAGUAAGCCAAAGUUGAACUUUCACUCCAGUGUGCAACUACUCUCGAAGCCAUUGCCGUGUGAUGUACACCUAAUGAACCUGAGGACUCUGUCGGACCCGUCGUACCCUCUGUUCCCCUCGGAGUCCGCGCUGCUGCUGCUGCACCGCCAGGGAUACGCCUGCAACGCUGCCACGGAUGUUUCCAUCCCCAAGUGCAGUGUUCAACUGUCCUCCAGUGCAUUUUAUCCUAGAACGUUCUUUAUAGGAUUGAAAACUAAGAGUAUAGUGCAAACUUCAUUAACAGGGUUACAUAAGAUUAGCAGUGUUAAAUCGUUCGACAAUAUAAGUGUACAACCGAUGGACAUUGUUACGUUAAAUGUAACAUUUGUCCAUUGAUGUAGCUAUAAUUUAAUAUUUGAAUUUGUUUUCAUAAUCAAUGGCUGCGUAGGUGGUUAUAGUUGACUCAUUUUAAGGCAUUCAGACGUCUUCUUUUGGUAUUAAUACAGUUUUUAUCCAUUUGUUGACUAACGUUAGUUUAUUGUAACGAUUAUCAUCUAAUCAAAAAUAUCAAUAUGACAAGAAAGAUAUUUUUUUAUGAAUCGAUGUUGCGUAGAAGGAGCAUUUCAUAUCUUACAUUAGUGGCUUUCAUCUGUGUGAUGCGAUAUUAUAUGCUAAGCUAUGUUCCAUUGAUGUAAACUCAUCUGUCUUCUUGGCGUUUAUGCCAACAUUUUAAUUUAAUAUGUGACUGAUAUUUCAGUUGAAUCAAUUAUAUUUCAAUAAUAGUGUAAAAUAUUAUAUUUUUCUGUGCGUUUUUACAAUUUAGUAUUUUAUUUUAUGGACAAUUUUACAGUACUUUGUAGUGUUAAUAUGUUUUAAUUAUGUAGUCCUACCGAUGUUAAAGAUUCUCAAUAUUUUUAGUACGUAUUUCGUUUUAGUUUCUUAGUUAUUAUUCUUAUAUAACCAUAAUAUUUUAAAUAUUGAUUUUGCAUUUUACACAUACAUGUACACUUUUAAGAUAUUUAAUUGUAAUGUACAACGAUUUCUUCAAUGUUUUGUUUGUAUUUAUUGAUUUUAAUUACUAUUUAUUUAAUGUAUUGGUUUUCAUUACAUGAUUACCAAAUUUGAUCAGACCUAAUAACUAUUGUUCCAUCAAUAAAUAUUUUAUAGUCCAAAAAUGUUUAAAAGUACAAGCUCAAUAUGUAAAAUAAAAUAAUAUUUUUUGCAUCAGGUAUUUAUAUUUUCAGAUCGCCCCUUUCUAAUCUCCUUUGGUUAUUAAUAUUGAACUAACGUACGUCUUUUUCAUUCAAAUUGAAUUUAUACCAAAUAUACAAAUAAUACACAAAUGUAGACGCUGAUUUUCAAAACCACGUGUACCAAAAAAUCCCACAAACUUUAUAGACUGAAAUCUGUGGUUGCAAUGAUUUAGUGUAAAAAUUUGCAUACACUAAAAGUUUUAAAAUGCCACUUAAAAAAAGACUACGUGCCCUGGACAUUCACUUAAAAUUACAGCACGAAGUAGGCCAAUGUACAUGAUAUAAACAUAGAAUACAUAUCAUUCAUAAAUUUUCAUCAAUCCAUACAUAACCUUGUAAUAAAUAAUAAACGAAAAUUCUCAGCAAAUAAAAUAGUGCCUGAAUACAACAAGAUAAGAAAUAUUUUAAAAAAAGUAUAAAGCAAUACAUUUUAUUUUAUAAACACAAAUAGGAGAUGUCUAUUGAGUAGUAAACCCGUUUAACCUGCAAGCUGGACGAAACGUCCAAUUCUCAACGUAAGUAAGUUGCGGAGAAGAAUUAAAUUAUCAGCAGCUCCAUCUGAAAGUGGUGUAUUGGGUAGGCGUUUCUUUAUUUAAUUAGCAGCGCCUUGUUACAUCUUAAAAAAUAACUUAUUUAAACUUUCACAAACUUUUUAUUAUUAACGAUAUUAUUAUUUUAUUUUAAUACUAAUCUGAAGUAACGUAAAUUAAAUGAAAUUCUCCAAACAUUAUUUUAUUAUUUUUACAUUAUUUUAUGUCCUUAGUCUAGUUAGUUAAGUUCAUAAGGAUGAGUCAGUCUUCUAAACAGCUUGGACUAUACUAGUACAAAUGUUACAAAAAUAAAAGCCAUGUAAAUUUGAAUGUAAAUUUCAUCAAAUGUUUUGGUUGUAAUAACUGAAAUUUUAAUUAUUGUUGUACAAUAUUUUAGAUUGCAUGAUUGUUUUCAUUACAUUUUACAUUGAUAAUUAACAACAUUUUUUCGAUGUGACCAAUGAAGACAUGUCGAGUUCACAUUAUUGACUGAUUCCUGUGUACAAUACUUGUAAAUAGUUGUAAGAUAUAUAGAUAUUGUUGUAAAUAUUACAUUGUUCACUAUUAAAAUGGUUUAAACUGAGUAUUUUUGGACUCGUAUAAAUUAUAUUUUAUGAUAAACUACAAAUUAUAAACUAAGAAUUUCUAAAGUUUAUCAUCGGAUAUUAAGGAAGUGUGUACCGAGUGUAAAAAAUUUAAAUGAAUGAUGAAGGAGAUUUAAAAGACAGUUUAAUCUUAUUUAUUAUUGUACUAGUUUGUAUUACUGUUGUCAACAAUCGUUCAAUACCAAUCACUUGUUCUCGUGUUAUUUGAUACAUUUAUUACCUUGUUACUCUCUUACAAUUACAUUUAUUAUUUAAAAUACAGGCUCGUAAUUUUGGCUCGAUGUUUUUAUAGUUAUCAAUAUGUAUUCAGGCAGUAUUAUAGAAUAAAAAGAAACAUGAUUUUUUAUAGUAUCGUGUUAAUAUUUCUUAAAAUGUCAUCAAAACCCCGUUACAAUAAAAACGCUACCAUUUAAUUUUUAUAAAUAAUGAAUUAUACAAUUAUCUAAGUAUUUCUCACAAUGCUUGUAUUUCAUUGUAACACUUUUUUACUGAAACAGUAAAACACAAAAAGAUGUUGGAUUUUAAAUCGAAUAUAACUACUGCAGUAGUUACUGCAUUUAACUUUUUAAGGUCAUAUUUAUAUGUAUAAUAUAUAUGACUGAAGUGAAUUUGUAAUCGAGAAUAUUAAUUAUUUUUAUUAUUUAUUAUUGUUAUACAACUAUAGCUGUACAGAAUAAUUUGUCUCACUAAUUAGUUUUCUAGAGGCAAUACUCUUGAUAUUUAAAAAUCUGUCUUGAAUGUAAUCAUUAAAUAGAGGGUAGACUAUAAUUUAUAAUAAUUUUAAUAAACCUAAAACUAUAAAACUCUCAAUAGUUAUUAUUUAAUUUUCUGGACUUUGUUUUACUUUAAAAAGUUUUAUUUCUCCGCCCUUACUUUUUAAAAGUAUUUUAAUUUAUUGUAAAUGCACUUUAUGUAAAUUUACUUCAAAUAAAAUAAUUUAAAAGUUGUAUAAACAUCUCUUAUUUUUUGUAUUUCAUCAUUCAAUAAAAACCGCAAAUUUUAACGACAUUUCAAACGAUGAAUUUUGCGUCAAGUUUCAAAUCGGAAAUUUAAAGUUUCGUGAACAUGUGACUUAAUCCACAUGUAAGGUUAAAUUGGUUAAACAUUAUUUAUUUACAUAAAAAUAAUUAUGAAUACUAAGUAGGUUUUACUUAAAUAGCAUACUGGAAUAAUGAUGAAUCUCAGUUCUCCUCCUUAACAAGUAUAACAAUGCAUUUUUAUUUAAAUGUUUAAUUGGACAUUUUUCUGUUAUUUUUAUUUGGAACACUAUACGAGGCACUGUGUAAGCAAAAACUAUUCAUAUAUUUAUAUUUACAAAUAUGUUCUAGUCUGGAUUAACCCUGGCGCUCAAUAAACUAAUAAAUAAAUUCGUAUCUAACAAUAAAUUAAUUUUUUAUAUUGAAUUGAAUGAUAAUAGCCGUAUUAUUGUGUAUUUUCAACUUAAGUAUGCUUACUAUAUAUGUGCUAAAUUAUAAAACAUUCAAUACUAUCGUAAUACUUUGUUUGUUUUUAACAUUGUUGACUCCAAUAAAACUAACUGGUAUAUAAAGAAUCCAUGUGUGUAGUUUUCACAUGACCCACAAGUGUUAAUACGAAAUUACUACAUUCUUCGUUGAUUUGAACUCGGUCGGUUGUUCCAAGUACAAUUGUUUCUCAAAUGAAGUAAACAAACAAAUAUUGCUUAUAACAUAAUGUUUGUAAACUGUAUUUUGCAUGUUUAGAAUUAUUAGACUUGUUGUUAUUAUAAUAUUUAAGAGAAAUAAAUGAAAUGUUUUAAGA